GGUUAUUCUACAUUAAUGAGUAGCUUGUCAACCAUUUGUCAGAAACACAUCAAACACAUAGAAGGUACCAUAUCCACAAAAUUACUUAGCAUUCUGCUCCGAUGAUUGUUCUUUGUUAUGUAUCAAUUGCAUCCUCUAUGAUGGUCACAAAGGCCAUUAAUUUCAAUCUCUUGAAGACGUAUCCUUAUUCUCUAUUUAGAGUUUACGAAUGGAAUUGAAUAGAUUCUACUCCAUCUCUGAAAAUGUCCAAUAGAAUCAUCAGAAAGCCAUUAAGCAAUUUCAAUAGUUAGCAUAAAUGAACGACCAACUCGACAUCGAAUACCAAAGAGUCAACAUCGAAAUCACUAAAUUUUUCAAUUCGAUUCGCCAAUCCAUUCAAGAACGAGAAUCCAAACUGCAAGAACAAGUAAACCACUUCCCCACCUAUCACUUUAGUUGAAUCAGUCACUCAUCAACCAGAAAUAGCAAAUAUCUCAAAACCAAUAGAAGCUCCAAACACAGCUCUAGGAUAUAAAUGAUUAUUUGCAAGAACUCUCAGAACUAGAUGAAAAGUCUUAAGAUCCUAUCAAAUUUCUAUAAACAACCCAUAUUCGAACUAAACUCAUUAAUAAACUACCAAAAUCAAUAGUUACAAUAGAUUAAACCAUCAAAUUUCCAGAACUAAAUAAAGAACAGGAAAAUCAAAAUAUUAUUAAAGUUUUGUCCAAAAAGACCAAUUAAUAACAAGUGUUACCUCCUCCACCUACCUAAUAGACUGCAUCCACUCAAUAAAAAAUAGUGCAAUCUAUCAAAAAGACUAGUAAUAAUCAGUAGUAACAGACUUAUAAUGCUUAAUAUCAAUAAUAAUAACAGAAUUAAGUCCUUUAGCAGUAAUCUCAACAACAAAAGAAAAUGAAUCAAUCUAAAAAGGUACCGUUAUGUGAAAAUAAUGGGCCUUGUGCUGUCCAAAUUAAUCUAAAAAAGAAGGUGGAGGAGAAAUAAAUUAAUCAAGUGAGAUUGACCAACUUUUAAGAAGCCAGAAAUCAAAUGAAAGAAAGAAAUUAUGAAAAAAGUGUAGAACGAAGAAAAGAUAGAGAUCAUAGUACUCCUCGAAGAUUAUUUAAAAAUUAAUCAAAAGUUAGUUAGGAUCCAUAAUCGCCAUUUAUGCAUUAGGAUGACUCGAAAUAAGAAUUCAACACAUUCCUAAAUUCAAUACAAGAUUUCGAACCUGAAUUGACGAAUGUUAGUCAUAUGUCUAUGGAUUUUCAAUAUAUCACAAUAGGUGGUUUUGUUGACAGUUUAAAAUAAAUAGUUGAAAAAUAUGAUAUUAAAACAGAUUAUGCUAGUGAGAAAGAUUCAUUAAAAAAUAAUCGAUGUAAAUUUGGAAUUGCACAUUUAAUCAAUGGGAAUGUGUUAUUAAUGGGUGGCAAAGUGGAUGGUGUUCGUAUUGAUACUUGCGAAGAAUACAAUUAUAAAGAUAAAAAAAUUAUCCCAUCAAAAAUAAAAUUACCAUCAUCCAGAAGUGGAUUUGGAACAUUGAAUGUUAAUCAAUUUAUUUAUGUAAUUGGUGGCAAUGAUGGUCAAGGUAAGUAGGAUUAUCUAAUUUUUUAGAGAAUUUAAAAGAUUUCGAUUGUUUUAAUUAGAUUGACAAUAAUUGGAUUAAGUUCCCAACCAUGAUUGAGGCCAGAGAUGAAUUGGCUGUAUGUAUGUAUGAAAAUGCUAUCUUUGCCAUAGGAGGAUUUGGAGGUUAAUGUAAAAUAUUGAUAUAAAAUCGAUUAGUCAACACUUGUCUCAAAACUGUUGAGGUGUUUACCUCAGGAAAAUGGGGUCAUUGUGCUCCAUUAAACAUACCAAGAAGAGCCUUGGCAGGUGUAUCUUUGCCUGAUGGAAUAUAUGCAAUAGGAGGAUUUGAUGGCACUUAAUAUUUGAAUAGCGUUGAAAAGUAUGAGGAUGGUCGGUGGACCUUAAUAGAGGCUAUGAUCCAUCCAAGAUGCACACUUUCAGCAUUACCAACUCCAGAUAAUUAAUACAUCUAUGUGUUUGGAGGAUUUGAUAAUGGCCCUCUGGAUUCGGUUGAAAAGUAAUAUGAUAGAUUUAAUUUCAAGAUAUUCGGUAUUGAGUGGCAAUUGGGAAGAAAUAAACUCAAUGUUGGCUAAGCGAUUUAUGCAUUAAACCUUUAUUACACUCGCAUGA